AUGAGGCCCCCAAGUCUUCCGCUCGGUCGGGCGCCGUUCCCUAGCGUCAUCGUGCAGCCCAAAACAUCACUAAGGUCCGCCUCGACAGCAUCCCUAGCCUCCUCCAAGAGACGACCCUUGGCCCUGAGGCGCCAUGCCCCGCCGCCGUUCUCUAGCACCCAGCGCCGGGCAGCCCCGAUGCGCCCGUUUGCAUGCUGCGGUGGUUGCGGACCCCGCGACCCACCACCUCCGGUAGAUCGAAAGAGAAAGGCGUACAUUGCUCUGGGGAGCAAUGUGGGCGACCGCAUUGCCAUGAUCGAAGAAGCUUGCGCCGAGAUGGAUCGCCGAGGGAUCCGAGUCACCAAGACGAGUAGCCUUUGGGAGACGAAUCCGAUGUAUGUUGCCGACCAGGACAAGUUUAUCAACGGCGCGUGCGAGGUCGACACCGAUCUCGAGCCUCUCGCCCUGCUUGACGAGCUCCAGAGCAUAGAAAAGCACCUUGGUCGCGAGAAAACCAUUGAUAAAGGGCCUCGUAAUAUCGACCUCGACAUUCUCCUCUACGACAACCAAAAAUUCAGCAUGAGCGACUUUGGACUCAUCCCCGGGACCCCUAUAGAUCAAUCCCGUCCGUGGAAGCUGACCCAGGACUACCUCAACGAGCUUCCGCCUGCGGACCCCCGCUCUCGCCUCUUACCCCGUUAUCCGCUUCGCUCCCCCAUCGCUUCCUUUGACGGUAGGCGGCCUACCCGGUUGAUGUCCAUUCUCAACGUCACCCCCGAUUCUUUCUCCGAUGGCGGGAUCAACUCCCCUGAGAAUCUCGUGGAGAUCCUCGCUAGCCAUGCUCGCUCCGGCGCGACUAUGAUCGACAUUGGUGGCCAAUCUACCUCCCCGGUACUCCCGAGUGUCGACACCUACCGUGCCGCCGUCGCCGAGAAGGCCGUCCUUGCCGGCGCCGAUAUCAUCAACGACGUCUCCGCAGGCCUGCUUGACGAAGAGAUGCUCCCAACCAUGGCCCGUUUAGGGAAGACUGUCUGCCUUAUGCACAUGCGCGGAACCCCGCAGAAUAUGGCCCGCCUCACUGACUACUCUCCCGCCGGUCUCAUUCCCACCAUUGCCUCCGAGCUGCUCGAGCGGGUCGAGGUUGCGCAAAGAGCCGGUAUCCGCCGCUGGCGCAUCAUCCUCGACCCGGGUAUUGGCUUCGCCAAGGAUGCGGAACAAAAUGUCGAGAUCCUACGCCGCCUCGAUGAUUUGCGUCGCUGGCCCGGGCUCGAGGGCUUACCCUGGCUCGUUGGCUCUAGCCGUAAAGGAUUCGUAGGCAGGAUUACGGGCGUGACGGAGCCACGCGAGAGGGUCUGGGGUACCGCCGCAACCGUGGCCGCGGCGAUCCAAGGCGGCGCAGACAUCGUUCGGGUGCAUGACGUGAGCGAGAUGAGUCAGGUCACUAAGAUGUCUGACGCCAUCUGGAGGGGCAGGACAGAAAUGUUGUAA